GUAGUAUAGUAUAUAUUUUUAAAGUCCUUAUCUGUUACAGAUACUUAGUGAAGUAUUUAGAGGUAAAAAUACGUGAUGUCUGGGAUUUGCUUUAAAAUACUCCAGAUGAAUUUAUGAAUUACUUGUUCAAAGAGAAAAAAAAAAUUCUACUGAAAAAAUUCAUAGAGACACAUGGUGGCGCUGCAGGAUAAGAUGAAAAGAGUGCUUCUACAACACUGUGGGCUCCAUUAUUCACGGGAACAGAGAACAUCCAACCCACUGAAAAGAGAGAUAUUAAGGAGCUUCACCUACAGUCCUGCUGGAGGUUUAUAUACUCUCUAGAAGUUUCCAACUAAAAAAAGAAUCAGAGCCUCAGCUUGCAAAAUUAGAGCUGAACUUAAAUUUUUCCACAAAAGAGGUUUCUUGAAGAAACCAUGGAGAUCAGAGGGGCACUCGUUCUGCGGAAAAGGCAAGUUCUGAUUAUCUUUGUUUUACUGGGAUUGUCUCAGGCAGGUCCUGAGUCUGUGCGCUAUUCUGUGGCAGAGGAAACAGAAAUUGGCUCUUUUGUGGCCAAUCUGGCAAGGGAUCUGGGGCUUGGGGUGGAGGAGCUCUCUUCGCGGGAGGCGCGGGUAGUGUGUGAUGAUAAUGAAAAGCAUUUGCACAUCGAUUUGCUGACCGGGGAUUUGCUCGUAAAUGAGAAACUGGACCGGGAAGAGCUGUGUGACUCCACGGAGCCCUGUGUUCUGCAUUUUCAGAUGGUACUGGAAAACCCUUUACAGUUUUUUCGGGCUGAGCUGCAUAUCAAAGAUAUAAAUGAUCACUCCCCUACAUUUCUUGACAAGGAAAUAGUUAUUAAAAUAUCAGAGAGUACCAUUAUUGGAACCACAUUCCUAAUGGAGAGUGCCCAAGAUUUGGAUGUAGGAAGCAACAGUCUCCAAAACUACACAGUUAGCCCGAAUUCUCACUUCCACAUUAAAAUUCAAGACAGUGGUGAUGGAAAGAUAUACCCUGAACUAGUCCUGCACAGAGCGUUGGACCAUGAGGAGGAGCCUGAGCUCAGAUUAACACUCAUAGCACUGGAUGGUGGAUCCCCGCCCAGGUCUGGGACAACUUUGGUCCUCAUCAAGGUCUUGGACAUCAAUGACAAUGCCCCAGAGUUUCCUCAGAGGCUCUACGAGGUGCAGGUCCUGGAGGACACACCUGUUGGCUCUUGGAUUAUCACCAUCUCUGCUAAGGAUUUGGAUGCAGGAAACUAUGGGAAAAUAUCUUACACAUUUUUUCAUGCAUCAGAAGAUAUUCGUAAAACAUUUGAAAUCAAUCCACUAUCUGGGGAAGUUUAUUUGCGAUCACACUUGGACUUUGAAGCAAUACAGUCACACAUUAUAAAUAUUCAGGCAACAGAUGGUGGGGGUCUUUCGGAAGAAUGCACUCUUCUGGUUAAAGUAAUAGAUAUAAAUGACAAUCCACCAGAAGUGACCAUGUCAUCAAUUACAAAGAUAAUUCCAGAGAACGCCUCAGAGACCCUUGUGGCUCUUUUUAGUGUCCGAGACCAAGACGCUGGGGAAAAUGGGAGGGUCGUUUGCUCUAUUCAAGAUGACCUCCCAUUUUUUCUGAAACGGACCUUCAAGAACUUUUUCACUCUAGUUGCAGAAAAAGCACUGGACAGAGAGGAAAGACCCGAGUACAACAUCACCAUCACCGUCACUGACAUGGGAACCCCCAGGCUGAAAACCAAGCACAACAUAACCGUGCUGGUGUCCGACGUCAACGACAACGCCCCCGCCUUCACUCAGACCUCCUACACCCUGUCCGUCCGCGAGAACAACAGCCCCGCCCUGCACAUCGGCAGCGUCCGCGCCACAGACAGAGACGCGGGCGCCAACGCCCAGGUCACCUACUCGCUGCUGCCGCCCCUCGACGCGCACGUGCCCCUUGCCUCCCUGGUGUCCAUCAACCCGGACAACGGCCACCUGUUCGCCCUCCAACCUCUGGAUCGAGAAAAGGAGCCUGAACUUAGAUUAACACUAACAGCCCUAGAUGGUGGGUCUCCGCCCAGGUCUGCAACUGCACUGGUGCGUGUGUUGGUCUCAGAUAUCAAUGACAAUGCCCCAGAGUUUGAGAGGUCUGUCUAUGAGGUUUUAGUACCAGAAAACAGCCCUCUGGACUCCUUGGUCGUCAAGGUGUCUGCUACAGAUUUAGAUGCAGGACUAAAUGGAGAACUAUCUUAUUCAUUUUCCCACGUCUCCAGAGACAUACGGAAAACAUUUGAAAUCCAUCCCAUUUCUGGCGAAGUCCGUUUAAAAGCACUUCUGGAUUUCGAGUUAAUUAAGUCUUAUACAAUAAAUAUUCAGGCCAUUGACGGUGGGAGCCUUUCAGGAAAAUCAGCAAUUUUAGUUAGUGUUGUAGAUGUGAAUGACAACCCACCAGAAAUAGUCAUAACAUCUCUUAUCAGCCCCAUACCGGAAAAUUCGUCACCUGACAUGGUAGUCGCUGUUUUUAGCCUACGAGACCAAGACUCUGGGGACAACGGGAGGAUGGUUUGCUCAAUUCAGGACAAUCUCCCCUUUCUCUUGAAGCCUACCUUCAAAAAUUUCUACACCCUGGUAACAGAGAGCCCUCUGGACAGAGAGAAAAGAGCCGAGUACAACAUCACCAUCACCGUCACUGACAUGGGAACCCCCAGGCUGAAAACCGAGCAUAACAUAACCGUGCUGGUGUCCGACGUCAACGACAACGCCCCCGCCUUCACCCAGACCUCCUACACCCUGUCCGUCCGCGAGAACAACAGCCCCGCCCUGCACAUCGGCAGCGUCCGCGCCACAGACAGAGACGCGGGCGCCAACGCCCAGGUCACCUACUCGCUGCUGCCGCCCCUCGACGCGCACGUGCCCCUGGCCUCUCUGGUGUCCAUCAACCCGGACAACGGCCACCUGUUCGCCCUGAGGUCCCUGGACUACGAGGCCCUGCGGGCGUUCGAGUUCCGCUCCCAGAGCUACCAGUACGAGGUGUGUCUGACGGGAGGCUCUGGGAGUAAUGAGUUCAAAUUCUUGAAGCCUGUCUUCCCCAAUAUUCUAGAAUCGGACCUUGGGAGGAAGUCAGAAAGAAGUUCAACCUUCCAGAAUAGUUAGGUAUCUAAAACUUCCCCAAUGCAAACAUUAGUUUUGUCUCCUACACCUUUCCCUUUUUUAACCUAGUAGUAAUCUUUAAUGCUACUUGUCUUUCUUCUUUUCUAGUUUUUCUUAGUAAUACUACUUAUUGUUUUGUUGGCCUGUUUGUCCUAUAAUUAUUUUUACAAUUAUUGUUAGUAAAAAUUUUAUAUCAGGAAAUUUCAUAUUUCUGAUUAAACUUUUAGUAUUUAUUUCUAAAUGAUAAUAUGAAAGUUAGCCUCUCAGAAUAAAAGUAAUUCUAAGUUUAAAAGUACAUUUCUCACUAUAUGACACUACAUAAAAAUGUCUGAUCCCUUUUUAUCAUACUUCAUUUUUUAAUUACUGGAAGUUUUUUAAGUUUUUAUUAUUUACACAGUUAGACUUGUCUAUAACCCGUCUUCUGUUUGGAGUGUAAUCAAUUUAUAUUUACUUAUGUCCAAUUUCUUCCAAGCUCUGUUUGGAUUUUUGUUUUACCAAUAGGCAGCAACAUGUAUAAUUUCAUGCUAUUUAUUUCAAAAAUCACACUUGUAAUCAUUGGACUUUCACUCUGAAAUAUUGCAUAUGUUAUCUCAUGCAAGUAUAUAUUUAUUAUCUAUUCUUUCUCAUCUAAAUUAAUGUUGAAAAUACUUGUAAGUUCUUCCUUAUAUCUAACUGAAGUUGUGAUCCUGUUAAAGAGUUUACUGAUACCAGGCUGACUAUGUUUAAGGAGUUCUUUAGACGUGACCAAGUAAUGCAUUGCCUGCAAUUGUCUCUUGCUAUUGUAGACGAACUCUCAAGUGAGCUCCAAAUUCUGGGCCUAGAGGAGCUUUUGAUGACACAGGAUUCCAAUAUCUGCUUGCCUUUGGAUGACGACAUUGUUCUGGUUAAUAGGGAAUUUGAAAGAAAAUGCAUUGUAGAAUUAAUAUUACUUAACCAAAGAAAACUUAGUAAAGGAUAUGUUGGUGAGGGAGUUGAAUGAUUUGAAGAAAUAAUCAGCUCUGUUGUCAGGACUCCUCUAUCUCCAGGAGCCUCAAAAGUGGAUGCUAUAGCAUGGUGUGGUUGGCAGAGUAAUGGCCCCCCUAAAGACAUCCACAUCCUAAUCCCUGGAACCUGUGAAUAUUCUGUGUUGUAUUGCAAAAGGAAAUUAAGGUUCAGAGGAAUUAAGGUUGCUAGUCAGUUAGUCUUAAAAUAGGGAGAAUAUCCUAGAUGAUCUGGAUGGGCCUGAUUCAGUCAGUUGGAAGGCCUUAGAGCAGAGCUGAGUCUUACCUGAGAUGAAGAAAUUCUGACUGUGGGCAGCAGCUUCUCAUGCCCCAGACUUCCAGCCUGCUCUUUCUAAUUGCCUGCUCUACAGAUUUUGGACUUGCCUAGCCAGCUCACCCAACCAAGUAAGUCACUUCCUUGCACCAAAUCUCUUAAUAUAUAUCUCCUGCUGGUUCUGUUUCUCUGGUUGAACCCUGACUGAUACAGAUGUUGGUAACUGGAAGUGGAGUGCUGCUGUAACAAAUAACUAAAAAUAUGGAAAUUGCUUUGGAAUUGAGCGGCAGGCAUAGGCUGGAAGAAUUUUGAAGCGCAUGAUGGAAAAAGCCUAGAUUGCUUUGGACAGACUGUUAGUUGAAAUACAGAUGUUAAUAACUCUGCUAGUGAAGACUCAGAGGGAAGUAAGGAGUAUGGUGGAGAAAACAUAUAUUGCCUUAUAGAUUACCUAAAUCAAAACCUUAGGAGACUUGGUAGUAAUAUGGAUGUUCCCUGGUGGCACAGUGGUUAAGACUCCACCUGCCAAUGCAGGGGACAGGGGUUCGAGCCCUGGUCCAGAAAGAUACCACA